AUCUCGGACUAUUACGACGGUAGUGGUUCGUAUACUUGCAAUAGAUCCGUCGGUUUUGUGGAUUUCCAAUUUCCAAUGCUAUUAUUGAGCUGGAGCAUUGUAUGUUCUGUCAAACGAAUCGCUCCGUCCUGUCCUCCGCGCCAGUGAUAUCUGCCUCGCCUCACCAAUAUCAAGUAUUGUGUUAAGCCAGUGAUCCUGCGAUACCAGCCUGUCUUCCCGUAUACAGCCGCUCGAUGGUCGAUCUGCCGUUUCCACAGAACGCGAACGUCUAUGAUAUGAUUCAGGUGGAAAACACAAGCAUCGGGUUACUUCUAUUGCCGUGAAACCACCGACGGCGUCCCCCAGCGAUGCCGAUCGAGAGAUCCUCAUGAACUCGACGCCGGGAGCGACGGACGAGAGCGCCGAUGUUAGCGAGAACUCCGAGCCAUUGUCCGAUCCCCAUCGUUCGAUAUCCGAAGUCGCCAUAGAAGGAGAUCUGGAGCAAUUCAUCGACGUGGACCCUACGUCCUCCCCCCUCGACCAAGACGAGUACGAUAAUGUACCUCCCCCUACAUCCGAACCCCUUUCUCCUUUCGGCAGCGAUGUCGACUCAGUGCGGCAGCGAGACCACAAUGACGCACAACUACCUUCUGAAGGAGACCGACCGCAGAGCCUCGCGGAAUCAUCCUCCGCAGUGGAUGCCACACCAUCUAGACAUGCGUCCGUCCUUUCCUCCCCAGCCAGCAGCAGUAGACUCUCGGUAGGCCGCACGAGGGCCGGGUAUUUCCAACCCUUCGACCGUCGCUUCACUAGCCGCUUGUCUCCCUCACCUCUCCAGACCCCUCGAAACCUUUCGCCCGCUUUCUUUUCCACCCAUUCGCGGCAGUCGUCACUUGCGGGUCAGCUAUUACCUGCAGAUGAGUCCGAAACGCCGCAGAACCCUUGGGAUGUGGUUCGAUGGACCAAACUUAAACGAUUGUCCGGACAAGUGUUCUCCGAGACGGGAAAGCGGAAUUAUGGGAGGCCAACGUGCCUCGCUGUUGCGGCUUCGAUAGCCAUUGGCACUUCCAAAGGAUUGAUAUUGGUGUUUGACUACCAGCAGAGUUUGCUGUCAACCAUUGGCUUGGGAACCAAAGCGAUCGAGUGCGGGCCUGUCACGUCCUUGGCUAUCUCUGCGGAUCACUCGACCGUUGCAGGAGGCCAUGCGAGCGGCCACAUAUUCACAUGGGAGCUAUCGCGACCGGGGAAACCCUUUCUUCAUAUCCCUCCCCUGGAAAGAUCUAGGAUUGCCGAGCGACGAGGCGACGGCCAUGUUGCAGAUGCCUCUGUCAUUCAUGUCGGCUUCCUGGGCACACGACACACUGCCCUUGUCUCGGCCGACAAUGGGGGAAUGGCUUUCUCUCACCUUGCCACACGUGGACUCGGUGCCGUGGGUAGGACGGUGAAAACGACGCGUAUCCUUGGACGGUAUCCUGCCGGGGACCCGUCGACAGAACGCGCAAGGAAACCAAGCUCUGUCCUGGCAUUCUCCCCACUCCCUCUCGGGAACGUCGAGCAACCGACCGAUGGUCUUGGCCUAACCGCGCUGCUCACCCCGUAUCUGCUCGUGAUCGUGUCGACGACACCCAUCGCAGAAACCCAGUUCAAAGCCGCCCGGCCAAAAGACCUGCCUCCGCAUAGUGCCCUGAGCGGCUGUCUUGCCUGGUUUCCGGCAGUCAGGCUCAAGCGAACCACACUCGGCACCAAAAAUGAUGUCUCCACGACGAAGUUAGCAUUUGUAUGGUCAAACAUUGUCACCGUCCUAGACGUGGAGGCAGUCGAGCACGGCGAUGCCGACAAGCCGGCAGAUGUGAGUUUCCGCCCGCGAAGUCGGUGGAAGUGCGAUGAAGCCAUCGUUUGCGUCCAAUGGCUCAGUCGUUCGGUCCUUGCGGCAUUGACGAUCAGCCAAAGACUUCUAAUCCUAGAAGACAAUGAGCUUCGAGUAACGGACUCCUCGGACAUGAUAUAUAAGCACAUCUUCCACCAGGACCUGUUUUCUCGUCAGCUGCGACCUGUGGUAGAAGACCUUGAUGGCUCCGAUACAUCGAUGCACGGCGUCGUUGCAGACGCAUUCUACAUGAGCUUCCGCGUAUACAAAGGCCGACUCUUCCUCCUUGGGGUCGACGACAUUUCCUUCGGAACCCUUUCCAACUGGGCCGACCGACUUCUAGCGCUGAUGGAACACGGCGAUUACAUCGGAGCUAUCGAACUUGCCACGUCGUAUUAUAACGGCGAUGCAGACCGAUUGACGGUUGGCCUGCCCGAGGAUGACGAUGCCCGUCAUGGGAUCGUCCGAGAUCGGCUGCUGGAACUCAUCUCUGCGUCGUUCAGGUACUCGUUCAAGCGCUUCGAAGACUCCGAACCUGACGAAGAUGCGGUGGAGAGGAUGAGGGAGCUCACGGCCACCAGUUUCACCGCCUGUUUAAGCAUCGGAGAAACGGCAUUUCUAUUCGAUGACGUUUUUGAUUUCUUCGAAGACACGGCGUUGGAAUGGUUGUUCUUCGAUGUCUUGGAACCGCACGUGCUCGAAAGGCGGAUCACGACCGUACCGCCGACGGUCCUACAGAAGCUCAUCACGCUCUACGCCUCCCACGAUCGCGCCGUCAAACUUGAGGAGAUCAUCUGCCAGCUUGAUACCGAGAACAUGGACAUCAACCUGACCACUGCGCUGUGCAAAAAGUUUCAGCUCUACGACGCUCUGGCAUAUGUUUGGAACCAGGCGCUCGGCGAUUUUGUGACGCCGCUUAUCGAGAUGCUAUCGACGAUCGACGAACGUCCUGACCCAAGUAUUCCUGACGAGGAUGGAGGCGCUGGUCCGGGAACCCGAAUGUUUCCGUACUUAGCGUUCGCGCUCACCGGGCGCGUCUAUCCCAGCGGUGCGGACAUGGACGAUUCCAUCGCAUGGGAGGCCAAAUCCGAGCUCUAUCGAUUUAUAUUUUCGUCCAAACUCGUCGAGUGGCCUCCUGGUUCUCAAACCCUCGUGCGAUUCCCUGUAUCCGAAAACGAUAUCGCGCCAUACCCCUAUCUCCGGCGGAUCCUUCAUUUCGAUGCGCCCAGUUUUAUGAGCGUCAUGAACGAAGCAUUUGAGGAUGCGUUUUUGAAUAACGCUGGCCAGGCAGCGGACGGCGCGGUCAUGAACGGCACGAAGCACAAGUCGUCGACAGCGCCGACAAGACAGACCAUCGUGAGCAUCCUGCUCGACGUCAUGUCGUCGGUCGAAUUCGGCGCCGACGAACUCAUCUAUUUGGACAUGUUCAUUGCCAGAAGCAUGUCGAAGUUCCCUCAGUUUUUGCUCCUGCCGGCCCCAACCCUGCACCAGGUCCUCGAGCGCUUGUGUCGAUUCCCCUCCGAGGAACUGGCAUCAGAUUGUCAACUCAGCGUGGAGUACCUUUUGUCGCAGUACCACCCCGCAGACACCGAGUGGUUGAUCCCGUUGCUGCGCGAUGCUGGCUUUUACCGUGUCUUGAAAUCUAUCUAUCGCGGCACCAAGCAGCACGCACAGCUUCUCGAGGCUUAUUUCGAAGAUCCUGACGAUAAGCAAUCCGUUUUCCUCUGCAUCAGGUCCCUGUUCGCGAAACGAACCGGGCUCGCCCCCAAGCAGACCCGGGAGGUGGAGAAUGUCAUCGUUCAACACGCUCAGGAUUUGAUGCACAUUGAUAAUGCUCAAACGGCAGAAACGUUGCAGCAGUGCACGCCGGCCACGAUCGACGGUUUUAUUUCCGCGCUUCAUGAUGGUUCCCACAACCGCUUCGUUUUCAUGCGGGCGCUUUUCGAAUCCGAAGCUGCAAUGGAGGACAAUGAGACGCUCCAGAUGGGACCGUGGACGAAGUAUCAGGAGCAGUAUAUCCAAUUGAUGUGCUCUUUCGAUCCGCAGCAUGUGGCGGACUAUAUCAGCAGCCUGCCCUCGGGCGAUUUGCAACUCAAGGUGUUGAUCCCUGCCAUGGAAGAGUCCGGGGCUAUUGACGCUGCCGUUCUCCUUCUUGCACGGGACGGUCUGGUCCUGGAUGCUAUGGCGCGUCUCAUCAAUCACCUGCGCACAUUGGAAGUUGCCCUCGCCAGCCUCAUGCGUGCCGCCGCCGAUAACCCAGACGGGCCAAAUGCCGAGGAAACCGCCGAUGAUCUCCUAUCUGCCAUCGACAAGUUUUAUAAACUCGGGAUUUGGCUUUGCCAGGGAGGGUCACGCACCACCAAGAAGCUGUCAAGCGAAAUACACGGGGUUGAACAAACGCCAAGGACCGGGCCCAACUCUCUCUCUCCCAUGGAGUCAAUGUGGGUGGACCUCAUCACUUCCUUGGUGGGAAUCCUCCGUGGCGUUUCUUCAGCGAGCUCCGUAUCACAAACAGAUCUGGACCAAUCCUCCCCCGAUCCGCUUCGUAUCAUCGGCUCUCUGCGGAGCAUGAUCCAAUAUACCUUCACGGCCCUCCUUUCCGCCACCGCCGUCAGCCGUCCGGCGGAGAAACGAAGGCCCAAACCACGCAUCCACCAGGACGAAUCGAAAUCGACGGACGGCGCUCUUCCCCCGCCCGCCCCGCUGACGGCUACCCCAAGCGAGUCCCCUCCCAUCUUCCUCCGAAUCUUCCGCGAGUUCCUCACGCGCCUCGCGAGCACCACCACCUCCGCGACCCUCAUCGACCUCCGCGACCUCCUCUCCGAAAUCUUCACCGCCUACGCCUUCGAAUCCGCCAUCAUGGCCCUCGCGUCCGACUUCCUCGCGAAGAACCUCUUCUCGCACGUGGCACGGGCGCACGACCUGCGUCAGCGCGGCUGGAGACCCAAGGGGCAGACCUGCGAGCAGUGCCGACGCCGCGUGUGGGGCCCGGGCGUCGGGGGGCAGGUGUGGGAGUCGUGGGAGCGGCGGACGAAACGGUUGGAGGAUUCUAGGCGGGAGAUGUGGAGGGAGCGUGCGGGGGGCGCUGAAGAAAGGGGGAAAGGGCGGGGGGAGGAGGACAUCGAUACGGGCGGCAAACAAGUAUCGCGCGAGUUGGGGCCGCUGAUAGUAUUUGCGUGCCGGCAUAUUUUCCACGGGGAUUGUUUAAAGGAGGCACGCGCUGCCGAAAGAGGGACUAGUGGUGAUGACGACGUCAUCAAGUGUCCAAUCUGUGCCUUGUAA